AUGUCAAACAAUAAUAAUAGUAAUAAUAAUAAUAAUAAUAAACCAUUAGAAUUCAAUAGAGAAACAAGUAAAUUUAGAAAUUGGGUUAGAAUAGGUAGUGAUCGAUUCCCACCGGAAGCAAAUAGAUACCAUCUCUAUGCAAACUAUGGAUGUCCUUGGGUCAAUCGUGUGCUGAUCGUUAGGAAUCUCAAGGGAUUGCAAGAUGUCAUCUCCGUUAGCAUUACAGAGCCGAGAUUGUAUGAGCGUGAAGGUUGGCCGUUCAAUCCCGACUUUGAUGAGUUCACCACUGACGACGCCGUCAACCAUGCCAAGAACAUACCGGAGAUCUACCGACUAUCGGAUGCCACCUACCAAGGCAGAUUCUCCGUACCGGUACUCUGGGACAAGAAGAACUCAGUCAUCGUAAACAACGAAUCGUCCGAGAUCAUCAGAAUGCUAAACUCAGAGUUCAAUCAAUUCGCCAAGAAUCCACAACUCGAUUUGGUUCCAUCGGAUCUACAAGUGGAGAUCGAUCGAAUAAAUGAACUGGUCUAUGAGAAUGUGAAUAACGGGGUUUAUAAAUGUGGAUUCUCACCAAGUCAAGAAGGAUAUGACAUUGCAUUUGAUAAACUAUUCAAUACUUUGGAUGAACUGGAAGAACGAUUGGAUACCAAUAGAUAUUUAGUGGGUGAUAGAUUUACAGAGGCAGAUGUUAGAUUGUUUCCAACGCUAAUUAGAUUCGAUGCAGCUUACUACGUAGUAUUCAAAUGCAAUUUGAAGAGAAUACAAGACUAUCCAAACCUUUUCAACUAUCUCAAGGAACUCUAUCAGAUGCCAGCUUUACAAUCUACAAUCAACUUUAAACACAUCAAAAACGGUUACUUCAAAUCAAAGCCAUCACUCAAUCCAACUUUAAUCGUAGCAAAGGGUCCAAGCACCGAUGUUCUCUUGGAACCACACAACAGAGAUAGCAAGUUACCAAUCAAAAAGUAG